UUUCCUUCCACUCACAAGAUCGUCGCAUUUGUUUCGAGCACCCUUGCUGAAACCGUGCUCCAUCGUCCUUACUUUUCAGAGGACACAGUGCUGUCCUUUCCGAAUCUAUCUACCAUCCCAUUGAUCACAAACAACUCCAACAAACAUGUCAUCAUCAUCCUCAUCAGUCGAAACAUCCACAACAACAGCGAGAUCAUCGUCACAACAUCAUAAUAAUGGUAGUAGCCUCAAGCAAAUCACGGUGGGAUUGGUCCUCUGCAUGACUGUCUUGUCCAUCUUUCAAAGUUCCCAUUCCACUCAUAGCGUUAGUCAAAGAUCGUUGUUCCAGCAAUACAAUAGCUGGAUUACACAGGCUACUGCCGCUACGACAUCUAGCAGCAACUUUUGGUUGUUUGCUGCGACCGAUGAAAACAACAAUGACGAUGCUGACAACAAGCCCAGAGAGAUUGGCAAGCCUCUCAAUAUUGUACUCCUAUAUGCCGAUGACUGGAGGCAUGAUGCACUGGGCGUCGCAGGAAAACUUCCAGUCGAAACUCCCUUUCUCGACUGGCUCAGCACGCAAAAGGGAGUGAGGUUUACACACAACUGCGUCACAACCAGUGUUUGUUGGAUCAGCCGGGUUACGUUGCACAUGGGACAGUAUCUCUCCCGACAUGGGGGAGCCAAAGUCAUGAAUAGUUCGUGGUACCAAAAUUUCAACAUGUCCUUUCCUGCAUUGCUCCAACAGGCGGGGUAUUAUCUUGCCCACAUUGGAAAGUGGCACACGGCCGAUUUCCCAAAGAUUCAAGGAUACUGGAACUACUCGACAAUCUACUAUGGUCGCCAUUUCUUUCCGGGACAUCCACGGCCACUCCAUGUCACGGAACGCAAUCAACAAGAUGCCAUUCGCAUCUUGAGAGAACGUCCUCAGGAUAAACCAUUCCAAAUGACAGUAUCCUUCUUUGCUCCUCAUUCAGAGGAUGACAACCCAGAGCAAUUCCUGCCCCAAGAAAGGUCCAAGGAAGUCUACUAUCAGAACAUUACUCUCAAGCCCCCAGUCAACAUGACCGAGUCAUAUGCUAGAUUGCCCCAUUGGUUUGGGGAAAGCAACAUUGCCCGACAACGAUGGCAUGCCCGAUUUGAUGAGCCUACAAAGUAUGACAAAAUGCUCAAAAACUAUUACAGGCUCAUCACAGAAGUGGAUUCGGCAUGUCAAGCCAUUUGGCAAGAGCUUGAGGCACAAGGAAUACUGAACGAGACCAUGGUGAUUUUUACAACGGAUAAUGGAUUCUACCAUGGGGAACAUGGUCUUGCCGGUAAAUGGUAUCCCCAUGAGGAGAGCAUCCGGGUGCCACUCAUAAUUUGGGAUCCACGCAUGCCAAACAGCAAGCAGGGGACUACAGAAGAUGCCUUUACAUUGAACGUGGACUUGGCACCUACAAUAUUGGGGGCGGCCAACAUCAGUACUCCUAGCGUCAUGCAGGGGCAAGAUGUCGCACAGUUAUACUUGCGAGAGGAAGAGACAAGACCAGGUUGGCGCAAGGAUUUCUUUUAUGAGUAUCCUAGUAUCUUUGGUAAGACUGUCAUCCCUGGCUCCACGGCUGUUGUAAGGAAAGGACUAAAGUAUAUUCAAUGGCCAGAGUGGGGAACAGAGCAAUUGUUCAACUUGACCAGUGAUCCACAAGAAGAACAAGAUGUAAUCAAGGACCCAGCCUACGCAGGCGUUUUGACAAAACUCAAGAUACGGCAUGAUUCUCUUCGUGAGUGGGUCAAGUAGAUAGCUAUGAUCGGCCGAAACACUGAAAAUACAAUCUGAGAGGCACUGGCCAGCUUGAUAAUAUUUAUUAAAAACAGACCGGCUUACUUAGGGCAUGAGGCAGGGACCCAAGGUCGGAGGUCUGACCGAGGGCUUAAGAGAGGGCGCAAGCCCGACAGCCCGAUGGUCAGGCCGGAGACCGAUGGGGCACAGCCGGCCCUAAGUAGCAGGUCAGUUUUUAAGGGAACGGUUAACGGCUGGUUUUGUAUUUAACGGUCGGUCUGUGUAGAACUCUGUACAAACCUACUACUGUACCACUUCCCACAUACAAAACCUGCCGGUUCGUUCCCCUUGUUUCGAACUGUACUGGACCGUCCGACGGUUUUUGCUCAGGUUUGAAAACUGCUCAAA